UUCACGGUUGGAUCCUCCAAAGGCCACAAUAAUUAAAUUCAACAAAUCUCCUCAUUUAUAUCUAAAAUCAAUUGGAUCACAAAACCCACAAUUUUAAUUUUUCAUCUUUUUUUCCCUGCCAAUCAAAACCCAUGAUCCUUAGAGAAAAUCCUCGAACGUCAGUGUUAGCAGUAUAGUACAAAAAUGUAGGGAUUUCUGACCCUCACACACGAGAAACAGGAUUUGGGUUAAAUUCCAUAACUGAUAUCUUUUCUCGUGCUGAUGUUUAAGCUGUAUCUAAUGGCCUCUAAUGGGUAUCUUCCUACCCUCGUGUUUCGUCCAGAACAAGGAUUGAAUAGAGUACCCAAGGACUCUCAGCGUCUGUUGCCUAAUUAUGAACUACGAGAAGACUUGAUACGAUCAAGUCCCCUGAAUAUGGGAUCAAAACAAAUUGGGGAUCCAUGGAAAUCAACAACCGGGCUAUUCAACAACACCAAUAACAACAACCAGUUUGUCACAAUUGACCCCACUUUUACAAAACCUGUGCUCAUUGACAUGCAAGAUUGUUGCCCAAACUCGGAGCUUUUCAGCUUUAAAUUUGUGAUGCCUGGAUUACUUGAAGUAGAAAAAGAUGGACAUGGAGUAGAUCUGUCAUUGCUGUCCAACCUAACUGGGCUUCAAACUGAUUACAAACCAUAUGUUCCCGAUUUGGGUUAUACGGAUUCACGGCCUAUAUAUCCAAAUCCAGAAUUUGAUUCCCAGAAGCCAUUGAUGGACUUAGUUGGUGAUCUUGUUCGACAUUCUGAAAUUACAAUCCAUGAAGAUGGAUUCGUGUCAUUGACUGGGAAUAAGAAAGAGAUGAAGGACAUACUUUCGAUUCUUGCUGAGUUUUACUUGUCAAAGAACUUGAAUAACUGGAGAAGACACUCAACUUUGGUACCACAGUUUGAUAGGUUGUGGUUUGAUGAAACAAGCUAUUAUGGUUCUGCUUUGGAGAUUGAAAACGUGAUUGUUGCUCCACAAAAGAGCCCAGAGAAGAGCAAACAGAAGGCAUCACAGAAAAAGAAAAGCAACCGUAACAAGACAACAAUCAGACAAAACACAAGCAACUACAGUGAAGCUUGUGAAAGCCUUUUAUCAAUCAUUUUUGACAAAAACCGCAACAGUAGUAAAGCUGCAAUUGCAAUUCCCGCUUUAAAAAAAUCGGGCCCCGACCUACCAAACCUUCUAACCCAAUUCUCAGCCAGCAUUGCGGGAACCGGAAUCGCGGUUCUUUUUUCGGUCAUCUGUAAAGUAGCGAGUGGGCGGGACCCGUUUUGUUCAUCAAAAUUGCUGAAUACAGGUCUUGGGCUUGGGCUUGUGUGGCUCUCGUGGGCCGUGAACAGACUUAGGGAUACGAUUGUGAUGAUUAAUAAGAAUUCGAAUAAGAAAAAGGGGUUGAAAGAUGAGGAAAUGAUGAAACAAUUGGAUACAAGUGUGAAGGAAAUUUACUUCAGAGCAGGAGCUUUGAUGAUGGUGAUGGUGCUGAGGCUUGCUUGAAUUGGAGGUAUGGAAAAUAGACAGUUGAUGUGAAAAUGUGUGUAUUAUGGUGUAAAUGAUGUGUGUGAAAUAGGGAAGUCGAUUUGAUUUGUUAUAUGAUAUGAUAUGGAGUCGAUAUCAAGUUUUGCCUGAAAUAACUACUCCUAAUCUGGAUACAUUCUUGAAGGAUCAUGAAAAUUGAAACAAUAAUUUUAUCUUUUA